AUAUUGGCGCUCUGGCGAUUGGAGCCUUUUGGAUCAUGGCGAUCGUGUCACAGUGCAUCCACUCGAUGGCGAGAUCUAUGCACAGAUCAUCAAUCUAUCGACUGCCUACGAUGUUUACUUUCACGGCGCUGGCGAUGUGCCGAGCAUAUCGAAGCAGCGCUACACCUUUCCCGAGAGCGACUAUACAACGGUGGAGCUAAUUGCGCUGGAGAUCUACACGAACGAGGAUGCCAGAGCCUUUAACACGAAGCAGCGCAAAUGCCGCUUUCAGUAUGAGGCCGACGAGAUGCAAACGGUGCCCAUUUACAGUUUUGGCCUGUGCCUCUCCGAGUGCCGCAUGUUCUUCGCUCUGCGCGUUUGCGGCUGUGUGCCGCACUUUUACCGCAAUAUUU